AAUGGAAGUAGAUCCUCAAAAUAGUUUUAUUCUAUUAGUUCUAAGCUUUCAAAGUAUAAAUUCUUGUCCAUUUACUUGGGAAGAAGAAAAUGGACAUUGCUACAAAUUUCAAACAGCAGUACAAACUUGGGUUGAUGCGAUUGAUACAUGUAGAACAUUGACACCUAAAGCCAAUUUAUUAAUUAUAGAAACUGAAGAGGAGAACAGCUUUAUCAGUGGGAAAUUUAAAAGUUCUUUCGAAGAUAUAUGGAUAGGACUCCAACGAACUGAUUUUAGCAAUGAAUUAAAAUAUGAAAAUGGCACUUUAUUUUCAACGAACUAUCACAACUUUGCUACUGGUGAGCCAAACUCUGCAGGUGAUAGUUGCAUUGCUUUGAGACUUUUCUCAGGAUUUUGGAGAGACACGGCAUGUACCGACGUUCUAAAUGUAAUAUGUGAACUUUCACUACCAACUCCUAAAUCAGAAAAAGACCAAAUGACACCUUUAAUAUCAUUAUUUACGAGAUAUCGUCUCUCUGCAAGAAAUUCGAAACCUCCUGGAGGAUAUUUAAGGAAAUACCAUCUAAGAACAUAUUUGGUCCGUGUUCAGAAUUCAGCUGAACACGAGUUUGUCACGGAAUUAGUGAAAGGUAUUAUUACAACAUAUAAUCCAGCAUGGAUAAGCUCAAAUGAUAUAGAAACAGAAAAUGUAUUCCGAUACGAUGAUGGUAGCCCCAUCAGUUUUAGUUCUUGGCAUCAUGCGGAGCCCAACGAUGGAGAAGGUGGAUCUGAUUGUGCUGCUCUAAUUGUAGAAUCAUUUGGAUACUGGAGAGAUAGACCUUGCUAUGACAAUUAUUACUUUAUAUGCGAAAGUGGUCAAAAUGUAAUUGAAGCACAGCCCACUACUACAAUAGAGCUCAGUACCACUACAACGGAGUCCACCACCACAGCAGAAGAACCCACUACAACAGUAGAACCCACUACAACAGUAAAACCCACUACAACAGUAGAACCCACUACAACAAUUGAAUUCUCAACAACAAUUCAACCUACAAUUAUACCAAUCCUUCAGUUUGAAAAUUACUUUCUCUUUGCUCUAAAUUCGACACCAUCUAAAACUCAAACUGAAAAAUAUGUAGUUCAAAGAGACGUAAAAAAUAAGAGUCUAGUUAAAAUAUUAACCUGCAGAUUAGACGGUGUUAAUAUUAAGAUAAGUGGUUUUAAAGAAUCACUGACUGUUCGUGCUGCUGAAACAAGAUGCAUUUUUCCAACGAAAAACGACUGGGAUACUUUUUUUAGAGAUGCAAAGAACAUGAACGAAAUGAAGCCAGGCGAAAGACCAGAUACUAUACAUAUAACAAACUUUCCGUCUGCUUGGUUUAUCGAUCCAGAUGACAAGGAAAACACUGGAAAACCAUCAGAAAAAAUUUUAAGAGAAUGCUUCGAAAGGUUUGGAACCGUAAGACUUACAGAUAUACCUCUACUAGACAAAUAUAGGAAUCAAAUGCAAACCUCAUCAGCAAAGAGGACUACUGUAACGUCUGAUAAUGAUUUGUUAUUUGAAGCAUUUGUCCAGUUUAAGGAGUACAUAGGAUUUGUUAAAGCUAUGAAUACCAUGAGGGGUAUGAAACUUUUGUACAAGGAUACCAUAAAUGCACGUAAUUUAACGUCAUUUAUUGCUGCUGACUUUGAUAAAACAAAGCAUUUAUCGGAUAAAAAUGUAAGAAAGAGAAGAGCCGAGAGAAAGCGUUUACAAGAGGAAGAAGAAGAGAGAACAAGAAAAAAGCAAAGGGAAAUAGAGGAAGAAAUUGAGAGAAGAAAAGAAAUCAAUCGCCAGAGAGAAUACGAGCAGGUUCAACGAGAAAAACGAAAACGAGAACGUGCUGAUAAAAGGCGUCAGAGAAAACUAGAAAGGGAAGCAAUGAGGCAAGAAGAGCGAAUGCAGGCAAAAAUUGCCAGAGAAGAAAGAAAAAUUUUGAUUGCCCAUCGUAAAUUGCAGUCAGUUAGGUUGUUAACUGAACUGCUGGAUCGCGUUAAAAAAAGAAAGCAGCAGGAAGAAUUGCUCAGGCGGGAAAGAGAAUUGGAAGAGGAGAGGCAACUACAAAUCAAAUUGGCAAGGCAGAAGCGCUUAGACGAUGAGAGAAGGAAACUCGAGGCAGAACAAAGGAAAAAGGAGGAGCUUGAGAGGAAAGAAGAGGAAUUACGCAAACGGAUAAUGAAUAAUGUUAAAAUGCAAGAGCUUAAAAAAAUUGAAACAAAGAAGAAAGAGAAGCGAGAAGAGGUUGCUAAAAGUAAUAUACGGUUGAUGAGUGCCGUUAUUCCAAGCAAGCGAGCUAGAUAA